UAUAGAGAACAUGUAAAGGGCUCAGUGUUUUGUGGAAUAUUUCCUGAUUAUUACUCUCUACAAGCAAUCAAAACAUAAUAAAAAUGGAACCCAAUGUUCCUGGUUCAUCGAGUACAUCGAGAGCUACGAGAUUUAUGAUGGAAGGUGUAGGAGCACGAGUAAUUCGGGGUCCCGAUUGGAAGUGGGGCAAACAGGAUGGUGGAGAAGGUCAUGUGGGCACAGUGCGGAAUUUUGAAUCACCUGAGGAAGUUGUUGUUGUCUGGGAUAAUGGAACUGCUGCAAAUUAUCGAUGUUCAGGAGCUUACGACCUACGUAUCCUUGACAGUGCACCGACUGGUGUGAAGCAUGAAGGGACCAUGUGUGAUACUUGUCGUCAGCAACCUAUUUUUGGUAUUCGCUGGAAGUGUGCAGAGUGUAGCAACUAUGACUUAUGUUCUGUGUGCUACCAUGGAGACAAGCAUCACUUAAGGCACAGGUUCUAUCGCAUCAGUGCACCUGGAGCUCAGAGGUGUCUAGUAGAACCACGACGUAAGAGUAAGAAGCAAGCUGUCAGGGGCAUAUUCCCUGGAGCUAGGGUUGUCAGAGGUGUUGACUGGCAAUGGGAAGACCAAGAUGGAGGGAAUGGCAGACGAGGGAAGGUCAAUGAAAUACAAGACUGGUCAGCUGCUAGCCCUCGCUCUGCUGCCUAUGUCGUGUGGGACAAUGGAGCUAAGAAUCUCUACAGGGUUGGCUUUGAGGGCAUGGCAGAUUUAAAGGUUGUGAAUGAUGUUAAAGGGCAGAAUGUAUACAAAGAACACUUGCCACUUCUUGGAGAAUUAGGCCCUGGACGUACAGGCCCUCAUGGACUGCAAGUUGGAGACCAGGUGAACGUAGACUUGGACUUGGAGAUAGUCCAGUCGUUGCAGCACGGCCACGGCGGCUGGACCGAUGGCAUGUUCGAGUGUCUCGGCACCACCGGCAAGGUGGUAGGCAUAGAUGAAGACCACGACAUUGUUGUCACAUAUCCCAGUGGAAACAGAUGGACGUUCAACCCCGCUGUACUUACCAAGGUGUGUAGCGGCAACCUGAGCACGUCGGCGAGUGCGAGCGGCGCGGCGGGCGGCGGGUUCGCGGUGGGCGACCUCGUGCAGGUGUGCGCCGACCAGGAGCGCGUCAAGAUGCUGCAGAGCGGACACGGCGAGUGGGCCGAGGCUAUGGCCACGACACUCGGAAAAAUUGGGCGAGUCCAACAGAUCUACCAAGACAACGACCUCAAAGUGGAAGUGUGCAAUACAUCUUGGACUUACAAUCCUAACGCCGUCACCAAAGUCGCGUCGUCUGACGGCAGUAUCCCUGGGAACUCAUCAGGUGAACGUAUAUCAGCGUUACUGAAGAAGCUGUUCGACGUGACGGGCGACGCUAACGAGGAGCUGGUGAAGGCGGCCGCCAACGGCGACGCGGCGCGCUGCGCGGACAUACUGGCGCGCAGCGACGGCGCGCAAGCCGACGUCAACGGGGUCUUCGGAGGACACACCGCGCUGCAGGCGGCCGCUCAAAACGGUCACGUGGAAGUGAUCCGCACCCUGGUGGAGGCGGGGGCGGAGGCGGAUGCGGAGGACCGCGACGGGGACCGCGCGGCGCACCACGCCGCCUUCGGGGACGAGCCCGCCGCGCUGCGGGCGCUCGCCGCCGCCGGCGCCGACCUCAACGCGCGGAACCGGCGGCGACAAACCCCGCUGCACAUCGCGGUGAACAAGGGGCACUUGGGGGUCGUCCGCACGCUGCUGCAGCUAGGAGUACAUCCUAGUCUUCAGGAUUCCGAAGGGGACACGCCGCUGCACGACGCUAUCUCUAAGAAACGUGACGACAUGUUGACGCUACUGUUGGAGCAUGGCGCUGACAUGACUCUCACAAACAACAAUGGAUUCAACGCGCUCCACCACGCCGCACUGCGCGGCAACCCAAGCGCGAUGAAGAUAAUGCUGGGUAAGCUGCCGCGGCCGUGGAUCGUGGAUGACGCGAAGGACGACGGCUACACAGCACUACACCUCGCUGCCCUCAACAAUCACGCAGAGGUCGCUGAGCUGCUCGUCCGCGGAGGCGCCAGACCGGACCUGCAGAACGCCAACCUACAGACAGCACUACACUUGGCCGUGGAGAGACAACACACGCAGAUCGUCCGCUUGCUCGUCGCACACGCCGCUGAUCUCAACAUCUGUGAUAAGGACGGCGACACGCCGCUGCACGAGGCGCUGCGGCAUCACACGCUGCAGCAGCUGCGCCGGCUGCAGGACGCACGCGACGGCUCCGUCCUCGCCGGCCUGGCGCACGCGCACGAUAAGAAGUCCUCCGCCUCCAUCGCCUGCUUCCUCGCCGCGCACGGGGCUGACCUCAAUAUUAAGAACAAGAAAGGGCAAACACCUCUAGACUUAUGCCCAGACCCGAAUCUCUGCAAGACUCUAACAACGUGUCGCAAGGACGGUACCGGGCUGACCAGUGAGGUGGGGGCUGACAACGACCAGAUCGCAGGCCCCAGUUCAGCACCUCCCACAGCCGCGCCGGUGUUGGAAACAGCCGGCGACGCGCCGUCAGACCCCACCGCCGACGAGUGCCUCGUUUGCUCCGGCGCUAAGAGGGACACUCUCUUCCGCCCUUGCGGACACAUCUGUUGCUGCAACGUUUGCGCUGCUAGGGUAAAGAAAUGCUUGAUUUGCCGCGCAUGCGUGGAGUCUCGUCAGCGCGUGGGCGAGUGCGUGGUGUGCUCGGAGGCGCCGGCCACGGUGGUGUUCCGGCCGUGCGGCGACGUGUGCGCCUGCGCCAGCUGUGCGCCGCUCAUGCGCAAGUGUGUCGAGUGCCGCACGCCGCUGCAGCCGCCGGGCACUACGGCGCCGCCCCCACCCGCUGCUGCGGCGAACAACAACACCGCUUCUCAUAAUAUACACAAGAUAGAUCUGGAGAAGGAGGUGUGCAGCAACCUGGCGACGGUGCAGGCCAACAAGGGCCGCGCCGCGCCCGCGCCCGCGCCGCACGCCUCCAACAACGCGCCCCCCGCGCCGCCCGCCCCGCCCGCGCCCCCCGCGCCCGACGUGCAGAAGCUGCAGCAGCAGUUGCAGGACAUCAAGGAACAAACAAUGUGCCCGAUCUGCUUGGACCGACUGAAGAACAUGAUCUUCCUGUGCGGCCACGGCAUGUGCCAGAUGUGCGGCGACCGCAUCACCGUCUGCCCCAUCUGCCGCAAGCAAGUCGAGAAACGUAUCUUGUUGUAUUAGAUACUCGAGACAACUGGGGGGUUAAACAGGCCACAUGAAAGCAAUUCAUAUAAAAAGCAAUAUUGCUAUUUGACAUUUCCGCAAAUAAAAGUAAGUGCGCAAUUGCGCAUUUUUUUUAGAUGAAUUUCUUCGAUAUGGCCUUUUUAACCCCCCUGCACAUUGUAUGAAAUUCCUAUAGCAAAUCUAGUUCUUGAGUACUAUCUACCAACUCUAGCUGUUGCUAGAGUGACAGGGAGGGGCGACAGGGAGUUAAAAAUGCCACAUCGGAGCAAUACAUCUAAUAAAGCAAUAUUGCUCCUUGUUUUGUUGACACUGCGCACUUACUUAUACAGGGAGUUAAAGACGUAACGAAAACUUUGUGGGAUAUUUAGACCAUGAUUAGUAUAAAGUGGAAUUUUCCGUCGCAAAAGUAUGGAACUGAAAAUAAUAAAAAACACACAUUUUCAUGAAUUAUCCGAUAGGAAAUUCCACUUGAUAUCAACUCCGAAACAUAGUCUGGAUCAUCUCCCAAGUUUUCGUUACGGUGUCACUAACACCCUGUAUAAAUGACAAAUUGCAAUUUUGCUUUUUAGAUGAAUUGUUUCAAUGUAGCCUCUUUAACCCCAAGGACUUUAUGGCACGUGGCCGCAACGAUCUCCGCAUCCUAUAAAGACGCAUUUAUUACAGUUGUCAUAAAUGGAGGAUGCAUGGCGAUGGUGCUUCACCAGCGCCUGUCAAUGUUAUCCUAAUACUACAACAUCCCGGUCGUCGACCUAUACAGUGUACCAAUGAGACAAAUAUCUUGAUUGACGCGACGCGAAUGUUUCCGCGGCUUGGCAAAUAUUUCACAACGAUAUCAAGUCUUAUAUUAUGUGUUCUCAUAAAACACACAGUGUAUUAUGAAGAAGCUGUCUAUGAAUUUCACCUUUUAUAAGAUAGAAGAGUACAAACAUACCUGAAUUCUCCUUGUGUUUGUGUUUUCUGUCUCUUUCUUACUCACCGCAAGGCGCCCCCGUCAUUCUUCGUCAGGCGCAUUACUUGUCAAAUCAUAGCGUUUAAGAAUUUCGCCGCGAAAUGCACGUUAAGUUUUUUCUGUGCGCAAUUAUAGUGUUUUAACAGUGUAAAACUAUCAAUAUUUGGAUUUUUUGUGUUGGAAUAGCGAGUGUCGGUGAGUACACUUUAAUAAUGAGCGAAUCUGAGCUACGGGAGACUACCGGUGCUUCGGAUGGAGACCGCGACUCUCGCCCCGCGGAGUGCCGGCAAUCAACAGACGAAGAGAGCUCUUCCUCUUCUUCGGAGGAUGAGGAAAGCUCUGCUUCGGUGCCUCCUAAUAAGCGGAGAAAAUGUAAUAACUUCUCAGACCCGCGAAUAGACUCGUUGAUCCAACAAGUAGGGUUUAUAUCAGGUUAUCUCACACAGUUACCGCAGUGUUUAUCCGCUACUAAUACUUCUCAGAGUAACAUUGAUCAACCGGGACCUAGUUCUAGUAGGUUCGAACAAAAUCAAACACCGUUUCUCACAAAUCCCACCACUCCAUCGACAUCCAAUCUUUCUUUGGGAUCUAUCAAGCUAGAUUUUGAUGAAAAAAAGAUAAUACCAACAGCUGAUAAGGAUAGGCUUAGUGAACUUUCGCAACUGCAACAGUUUAAUAGUCAGGGAUGGAAAGGAAUCAGGUACAAGAAAGCAUUGCAAUCCUAUGUUGCCACUCCAGGUUUUAUCGGCCUGAGGGUCAAUGAAGAAUUUUGUAAUAUCACUAAAACAAAAGAGUAUUUGGCAUCUACUGACCAACUGUUAGCAGGAAUGUCCAAUAACAUUUUAGAACAGAGACAAUUAUUGCAGUCUGGACUACAAGGUAUUAUUGACUGGGCUUCAGCAAACCGUAACGACUUAAAUGCAACAACUUUAUUUGAUAAAUUCACUGCUGUAUUUGGUCCAGGCUCUCCUUCUUAUAAGAGUUUCGAAACACUUAUGCAAAUUACUUGUGGGAAAAGAGCAGAAAGUAUUGAGAUUCGUCGAGAACGCAUACUAAAAGAAAUUUCUAAUCCAAAUUUAAAAGCUAUGCUCCAAAAUAUUCCACCCAGUUCUGAAUACUUAUUUGAAAAAGAGGCCCUCACUAAUGUAAUUCAAUCUUUAGGAGGAGUUCGUUCAUGGUUACAACCUAUUGUGCAAACUAAACAAAAACCUACCACAGCUUCAAACAAAUUUCAUAAUAAUUACAAAAAACAAGACCAUUUUGACAAAAAAGCUAAACAUGAGAAAAAGAAUAAAUUUAACAAAAAACCAAAUAACUUUCGUAAAGGCUUCAACACCAAUGUUGGUGUUGGAGAGUCCAGUGGUAAACAAAAAUGACUAUUAUCAGAAAGAAUUCCAGGGGGGGUGCCUGAAAGAUCAUGUUUCAGCAUGGAUAGAGUUAGGAGCCAAUCCAUUUAUACUAAAGUUAAUAACGAAGGGUCGCAUCCCUUUCUUAACACACCCUCCAUUACAAUAUCCCAACAAAAAUGUGAUAAAAAACUUUACAACGAAAACAACACCGGACAUGACUCUAGUAAUAAACGACCUAAAAAACAAAAAGGUAUUGGAACAACCUAUAGAGACCAAUGCGGGUUUCCAUUCGAAGAUAUUUCUGAGACCAAAGCCAGAUGGAAGUGUCCGACCCAUAUUCGAUCUGAGGGGCCUGAACAACCAUGUGUUUACAAAACACUUCCAAUUAAUUUCCCAAGUGGAUGUGAGGGAAUUUCUUCAGAACAACGAUUGGCUAGUGAAAAUAGACCUCCAACAGGCAUAUUUUCAUUUGCCAAUUGCUUCAAGUCACAGACGCUUUCUGCGCAUAAUUUACAAUGGGGAAAUACUGCAGUUAACGGCACUUCCAUUUGGCCUGUCUUCAGCUCCACGGACUUUCGCAGCGGUUUCCAACUGGGUCGCGGAGACCCUUCGAAAAAAGGGAAUGCGUCUUGUUGUUUAUCUGGACGAUUUUUUGAUAGUCAACCAAGAUCAUCUCACACUAGUGGACCAGGUUGCGGAAACCUUAAAAGUCCUAGAGAACUUAGGCUGGCGCAUAAAUUAUGGCAAGUCAGUUCUGAACCCACAACACAAACUAGAGUAUCUGGGCCUAGUGUGGGAUACGGAAUUAAAAACAAUUGCACUACCUUUAAAGAAAAUACAAAAGAUAAAGAUGACAAUAACAAAACUUUUAGAAAAAAACAACAUAAAUCAAAAAGAGACACAGUCUCUGUUAGGGCAACUAAACUUUGCAAAUUUUACAAUACCUCAGGGGAGGUUGAAAUGUCGACGGAUGCAAAUUUUUCUCAAACAAUUCAAAGGCAGACCAAGGCAGAGAAAAACUAUACCCCAAAAUGUACAUCAAGACCUGACUUGGUGGCUAAAAAAUAUAAACAAAAGUUCCAUUCCUCUACACAAGAGCAAGGUGACUCACUUUCUAACAACAGACGCAGCGGAUGCGGGCUGGGGAGCUCACCUCAACAACCUACACUUAGCAGGAACUUGGUUACCACACCAACAAGGUUGGCACUCAAACAAAAAAGAACUGUAUGCAGUGUACAGAGCCAUAAAACUAGAACAAAAACAAUUAAUAAAUGCUCAUGUACUGAUACAAUCAGACAAUCGAACCCUUGUUGCUUACAUACGCAACGAAGGGGGUACCAAGUCGCUAAGUCUGCUGGAACUUACCACAAAACUAAUGGAACUAACCGAGCAGCUCAAUCUCAUGCUGUCGGCCGCAUACCUUCCGGGAAGGUUAAAUGGAAUCGCGGAUCGCUUGUCGAGAAAUCGACCAGUUCCAGAGUGGCACUUGUUACCCCAGGCCUCGGAGGCCAUAUUCAAAAAGUGGGGUGUGCCCGAUAUCGACCUGUUCGCGUCCAAAAAGACGGCAGUCGUCCCUCAAUACGCUACGCUAGACUCCAGAGACGGGUCAGCAAGCUUUUGCGACGCAUUCACCCAAGUAUGGAACUAUCGGAUAGCCUGGGUGUUUCCACCUCCCAGUAUGAUACCAAGAGUGUUGGCUCAUCUGAACGAGGCGAGGGGAACAUAUAUCCUAAUAGCACCAACGUGGCCGCAGUGCUUUUGGAUGGCGGACAUCCAAGCACGGGCCCAAGAAGCUCCAAUGACGAUCACCAACCUACAGAACAGCUUAAUAGACCAAACGACAGGACUAUGUCCACCUCAAGUGGACAAACUGGCUCUUCAAGCAUGGAAAAUUGGGGGUGGUCAGACAAAAUAGGGCACUGGAGCUUAAAUGAAAGAAACCUUUUAAAUAGUAGCUGGCGAGCUUCUACACUUACCACAUACAGUGCACCUAUAAAUAGAUGGCUAGCUUGGUGUAAAAGUCACAAUGUUAAUGAAAAAUAUCCUCAAGGGAAUAAUGUCGCUAGGUUCCUGGCCAAAUUAUAUUUGGAGGACAAGCUGGCAUAUAAAACCAUUUUACUGCACAAAUCUGCAGUUGCAACAUACUGUGCAAAUAACGACCAAAUAUCUAAAAACUUCUUCGUACAUCAAAUUUUAAAGGCCAUUUCACAUGCCAGGCCACAGCCACAGAAAGUACCAAUUUGGAACACAGAAAUAUUAUUUAACUGGCUUAUAACUAAUCCAAACUCUGGCUCCUUGUUUGAUACAUCCAGAAGAUCUGCAAUUAUUCUCUUGCUUGCCUCCGGAAGGCGUAUUCAUGACUUGACACUGUUAGACAUAUCCCAAGAAAAUGUGGAAUUUUCUCAAGAACAACUAACCCUAUGGCCUAAAUUUGGGUCUAAAACAGAUACAGGUCAAAGCAGACAGUCAGGCUGGAUACUAAAGAAACAUGAAAAUGAAAAAAUAUGUCCUGUAAAACAUAUUCAACAACUAAUCACGGUAUCUGAAGCACGGAGGAGUAGUAAUAUUACAAGUCUAUUUAUUUCCAUAACGGGGCAAGUGAAGCCAGCCACAAGGACGAUGAUCGCCGGUUGGAUAAAAAGCAUUUUUAGAGAGGCUGGUAUUGAUGCACCUCCAGGUAGCGUUCGGUCUGCAGUUGCCUCCAGGAGCUGGCUGGACAAUCGACCAAUCGAAGAAAUCCUCAGGCGAGGUAAUUGGAAAUCUUCAGACACAUUUACUAAAUAUUACCGUAGGGAGGUUAAAGAAAAUGCAACUGUUAAAAAUGUUGAUUUACUUUAUUCUAAUUUUAACAGUGUUUAAAAUGUUUACUCUAAUUUUUGUUACAUUUUCUAAAUCUUUACUAAUGUUAGUCACUUUAUUAAGUAAGAAGAAGGUAUAUUUUAAUAAAUACUUAAAAGAUCUCAUUAUGAUUACUCAAAAGAAAUAAUUUUAUUAAGUUUAAAAACUAUAAUACAAAUUUAAUUCAUUGUUAUUUUAAUUAUAAUAAGUUAAGAAUUGGAUAAAUUCACAGACUGAUACAAAGCAUUCUUUUUGAUUAAACUUGCUUUAUAACUUUAUAGAACAAUAGUAAGUAAAUAAAUUAAAAAACUGAAGUGUUUUAAUUAAAUUAAUAUUCUAUUUAAUUCAUUCACAUAGCGUUUAAGCUUACUUCACCAGCAGAUAACAAACACAUCUUCAUAAUACACUGUGUGUUUUAUGAGAACACAUAAUAUAACUGUUUUGCAUUCCAACAAAACAAUUAUUAUGUGUGAAAUAAAACACACAGUGUACACCAAAGUGCCUUGCUGGUGUAUGAAGACUAUGAUUUGACAAGUAAUGCGCCUGACGAAGAAUGACGGGGGCGCCUUGCGGUGAGUAAGAAAGAGACAGAAAACACAAACACAAGGAGAAUUCAGGUAUGUUUGUACUCUUCUAUCUUAUAAAAGGUGAAAUUCAUAGACAGCUUCUUCAUAAUACACUGUGUGUUUUAUUUCACACAUAAUAAUUGUUUUGUUGGAAUGCAAAACAGUUAUAUUGCAAAGAUCUUAAGGGUGUCGGGACCCGUGCUCAGCAACAAUAGAUGGCGUAAGUGUAGCGGCCAUCGAAAUUAUUAUUUUUGUCAUAGAUAAACGAAACUAAAUGAAUUCAACACCUUUUUGCCACUACUUGAAGGUCUAGAGACACAGAGUAAAUCUGAAGAAAAUAGGAAGGAUUUACAAUAUUUUGUUUGUAGGUUCUCGAGACCUUCAAGUACAACGGUAGCGUUACGCCUGUGUACGCAGUGUAUUUUUGUGUAAAAAAAACCUGAAAAAUACGGAAUUCUUAUUCAUUUAUCCUUGAUCCAGUUAUUUACCCCAAUUCUAAGAACUCAAGUGCUACGCCUCAUUGUUACACUGUUAUAAAAAUGGCAUUAGUUACACUCAAAAUCGAAACUUGUGAUGUUGAGUAUAAAUUAGAAUUACUUUUAUGAUUAUGGCACAAUAAGUAGAACUUCUUAUUUAGACUAUAAAUAAAACCAAGGCUCAUAACUCUAGGAAGAAAUUAAAUUAUAAGUUUAUAAACUCAAUUCUAUGCCAAUUUUAAAAGGCGACUUGCUUAAAAAUACAAUUGUUCUGCAUUUAUGUUAUUUAUUAAGAAAUAUUAUGUAAGCAACCUUAUCUACCAACGGUGUAUAACAUGUAGGUAACCUUAUAAAUAGCACUAAUUAAAAUAAGGAAAUUAAUAAUUAUUUAUGUUAUUUAUACCCAAAUUGAUAUGUGAUGUAUCACUUUUUAUCGCAAAUAAAUUAACGUCAAUUAUCACAAGAUUCAUCAAUGCGUCAGGUUAAUUGUUAUGUACUUAUGUAACCAUUUUAAUAUUCUUAUCGAUUUAUAUGUUAUAUUAUUUAUGUCACUGAUAGAAAAAACAAAGUAAAGUUGCACUUACAUUAUUCAAUUUAAUUGAAAAUAAUUAAAAUUAAUUUAUUUGUAUGUAAUUUUAAAAUCUUACUGUAGCAUUCCUUUAACGCAGUUUUAGUAAAUCUUUAACACAGUCAUUCCACUUCACAUAAAAUAAAAUUCAACUCAUGAUCAUCAAGAGUGCCAAAUGCUUUUGCAAUUUGUUAGUGUUUGAUGCAAUAAUAACUUCUGUAAGUGCCUAAAUUACACUUUAGUGUUCUUUAUUUAUUAGUACCUGUCUAGCUAAGAUACCUAUUGUACCCAUUCGCUUUAGUAAGUUUGUAUGAAUUAUUGUUAUAUGAAAAUGUUUAUAAUAAUAUAUA